AGCGCACAGGAGCGGAGCUAGCUUUGUGCGGGUGUUUGGAAGGGGCGCCUUUGAAUUAAAUGUCUAUGUGCGAUAUUAACUUGUUUAAAGCGUCACUUAAAAUUCUCAUUAAAUUGAGAAUUUGAAACAUCUAUUUCUUAGUUGUUUUCGUACAGCCCUCGCUUUUAUAUUUAUGCACAUACAUACAUCACUUCAACACAUGCAGAAAUACAAUUGUUGUGAUCAUGGACGAAUUGCCGGCGGAUAAAACAGGAUCAUCAAACAAUCAUCUGAAUUCGAGCUCAAAACCAAAUUGGUGCUGCAUCAUGGAUAAUCUGCCGGUUCAGGGACAUGGUGACGGUCCAAUGCCGUAUCAGCCAACGAAACUCUUCCAAUGGCUGUCGGCCAAGAAUCUGCCACAAUUGGAGGACGAAACACCGCCCACAAGCUUCUACGAGGUGCUGGAGAAUGCCGAGAUCGCCUUCCACUGCACACAGUGCGACAAGCUGCUGGUGAGCCUCAAUGCGGAGUCACUGCAGCGCACAAUUGGCACCCAGACGCUGAUGCUGAAGCAGACACAGGCACAAACACAGACUCUGAAGCACACAGGGGCACAGAGUGUGAGCCAAGCUCAAACCCACACUCCAACUGGGACUCCGACUUUGAUAAUGCGACGGACGCGAACACCGAGUCCAAAUCCGCGACCCUAUCGAGGCACCUAUCCAAUUUUGCAGGAGCUAUGGUUGCUUCGCGAACGUUCGUUGUGGUCGCUGCUGAAGACGCUGCUCCUGUGCAUCUCUCUGCUUAACGGUUGCUACUUGCUUUGCCGUGGCAUCUGUCGCCUGGCCAUUUUGCGUCGCAUUUUGUUGUGCGUUCAGCCAGCGGCUCCACCGCCACCACCACCACCACCGCAGAUCUCAAACUCGUUGCCCGCAUUCCUAUGGAGCCAGUUGUGUAGGCUGGCCAGGAAACUGCACAUCAUUUGACCGCAGCCGCUCCUGGAAUACAAACGCAGCACACACAGCGCACAGCGGGAUCGAGAUGGCAUUUUCUAAAAUAGUUUUUUCUAUUUUUAUAACUGGGCAAAACGCUAUUUUAAGGCCCGCUCCCGAUCGACAACAACUAAGAUAACGCUGUUCGCCUAGGUGAAGCACAUUUCCGAGAGUUUCGUGUUUUUCGUCUUUCUUUUCUAUUCCUCAUUUGUGUUUGUGUAUGUGUGCGUGUGUGCCUCUUCAGAGUACAGAGAACAAUGACAGAGACUUAGAUUACCCCUGGACAUGUUCCAAACAUAAAUUUCACUGUGUACUCCGACGCCAACGAUGAUAACGACGUUGACACCAACUCAAAAUUACGGUCAAUACUCGGACAGCUUCUCCAGCUGCCUACCUACCCUAAAUCUGCAUCUCUUAUGACAGUUAUACUAUGUAAAAUUACUCAAUAAAUACAGCAAUUGCUUGACGACUAA